AUCGCACCACCCGUUGCUCCAAGAGCUGCAGGGGGACAUCAUGGCGACCUUCGCACGACCGGUGGCUUCCACCAUUGCGGGGAUUGACUUUGGCGUCUACACCGAUGAAGACAUCAAAGCUCUCUCUGUAAAGCGAAUCCAGAACACCCCGGCGCUGGAUUCCUUCAACAAUCCUGUUCCUGGUGGUCUCUAUGACCCAGCUCUGGGUGCCUGGGGUGAUCAUGUCUGCACAACAUGUCGGCAGUCUUCCUGGUCUUGCACAGGCCAUUCUGGUCAUGUUGAGCUGCCAGUCCGUGUGUACAAUCCCACCCAUUUCGAGCAGAUGUACCGUCUUUUGAAGGCGCAAUGUGUCUACUGCCAUCGCUUCCAAAUGUCUCGCUUCGAAAUCAACACGUAUGCCUGCAAAUUGCGACUCUUGCAGUAUGGCUUGGUAGAGGAGGUUGCUGUCAUUGAUACGAUGGCUCAUUCGACGGGCAAUAAGAGAAAGGCCGCCAAAGACGGCGAAGGAUCCAGCGAUGAGGACGAGGACGAUGACGACAAAAUGGCUCGUAGAACCUCCUACGUCAAGAAAUGCAUCCGACAAGCGCAAGCAGAUGGAAGACUAAAGGGUCUUAUGGCUGGUGCGAAGAACCCCUUGGCUGCGGAGCAGCGCCGGUUCCUCGUGAGAGAGUUCAUGAAAGCCAUCGGCACUCCAGGCAAGUGUGCCAGCUGUAGUGGUAUCUCGCCGUCCUAUCGGAAAGAUAAGUUCUCGAAGGUUUUCCGCAAGGCUCUACCUGAAAAGUCCAAACACGCUAUGCUGCAGGCUGGAUUCCAAGCGCCCAACUCUUUGAUCCUCCUUCAGGAGGCUCAGAAGUUCAACAGCAAGGAUAAGGAGGCACAGGCAGACGGAGCCUCGGACACCGCAUCUCAGGUUCAUGGAGCCGAGGAGGAAGUUGCCCGUGGAAAUGCUGUUGUCACUGAGCUCGAGAACAAGAAACAGACCGCCGGUGAAGGCCAGCAAUACAUGCCUUCUCCCGAAGUUCAUGCCGCAUUGACCUUGCUUUUCGAGAAGGAAGCGGAAAUCCUGACUCUCGUGUACAAUUCUCGACCAUUACCGAAGAAGGAAUCCCGAGUUAGCGCAGACAUGUUCUUCAUCAAGAACAUCUUGGUACCGCCCAACAGAUAUCGUCCCGCCGCGCAGCAAGGAGCUGGCGCUAUUCUGGAGGCUCAGCAAAACACCAUCUUUACGAGUAUUCUGAAGAACUGCGACAUCAUCAACCAGAUCAGCAAGGAGAGACAAAGCAGCAGCUCUAGUGCUGCUAUGCGUGUUCGCGAUUACCGUGACCUGCUUCACUCCAUUGUUCAGCUUCAGGAUACUGUGAACGGACUUAUCGACCGUGACCGAAAUGCCUCCGCUGGACCAGCUGCCGCCGCCGGCCCCAACGGUAUUAAGCAGAUUUUGGAAAAGAAGGAAGGUCUCUUCCGGAAGAACAUGAUGGGAAAGCGUGUCAACUUUGCCGCUCGCAGUGUCAUCUCCCCCGACCCGAACAUUGAGACCAACGAAAUUGGUGUCCCCAUGGUUUUCGCUAAGAAGUUGACUUACCCCGAGCCCGUGACCAACCACAACUUCUGGGAAAUGAAACAGGCGGUCAUCAACGGUCCCGACAAAUACCCGGGUGCUUCUGCCAUUGAGAAUGAAUUGGGACAGGUCACCAACCUCAAGUUCAAGAGCUUGGACGAGCGUACCGCUCUGGCUAACCAAUUGCUUGCGCCGUCGAACUGGCGCAUGAAGGGGUCUCGCAACAAGAAAGUCUACCGUCAUCUUACCACUGGUGAUGUUGUGUUGAUGAACCGUCAGCCUACCCUCCACAAGCCGUCUAUCAUGGGUCACAAGGCCCGUGUUCUUCCCAACGAGAGAACGAUUCGCAUGCACUACGCUAACUGUAAUACCUACAAUGCGGAUUUCGAUGGUGACGAGAUGAACAUGCACUUCCCUCAGAACGAACUCGCCCGGUCAGAGGCCAUGAUGCUUGCGGAUGCAGACCAUCAGUAUCUUGUCGCAACGUCCGGCAAGCCUCUGCGUGGUUUGAUUCAGGAUCACAUUUCCAUGAGCACCUGGUUCACCUGCCGAGACAGUUUCUUCGAUGAGGAGGACUAUCACGAGCUCUUGUACAGCUGUCUUAGACCCGAGAACUCUCACACCAUUACCGACCGGAUUCAACUCAUCGGCCCUGCGGUCAUUCGACCCAAGCCUCUCUGGACCGGCAAACAAGUCAUCACCACCAUUCUCAAGAACAUCAUGCCCCCGGGUAGAGCCGGUCUCAACUUGAAGAGCAAGUCCUCGACGCCCGGUGACCGCUGGGGUGAGGGCAACGAAGAAGGCACCGUCAUUUUCAAGGAUGGAGAGUUGCUUUGCGGUAUUCUCGACAAGAAGCAAAUCGGUCCCACUGCUGGCGGUUUGGUUGAUGCCAUUCACGAAAUUUACGGACAUACCAUUGCGGGUCGCUUGAUCAGUAUCUUGGGUCGUCUUCUGACCAGGUUCCUCAACAUGCGCGCUUUCACUUGCGGUAUCGAUGAUCUUCGUUUGACUAAGGAAGGUGAUCGCGUACGCAGAGAAAAGAUCAGCGAGGCUGCCGCCAUGGGUCGUGAGGUCGCGCUCAAGUAUGUCACUCUCGACGAGACUACAGGCGCCGACCAGGACGCCGAGCUGACCCGGCGUCUGGAGGAAGUUCUUCGCGACGAUGAGAAACAGAGUGGUCUCGAUAGUGUUUCCAACGCCCGUAACGCGAAGCUGUCUACUGAGAUUACCCAAGCCUGUCUUCCUAAUGGUCUUGUUAAGCCAUUCCCCUGGAACCAGAUGCAGUCGAUGACAAUCUCUGGAGCCAAGGGUUCUAGCGUCAACGCCAACCUGAUUUCCUGCAACCUUGGACAGCAGGUUUUGGAAGGUCGCCGUGUACCUGUCAUGGUGAGCGGUAAGACGCUGCCCUCUUUCCGGGCGUAUGAUACGAAUCCCAUGGCUGGUGGUUACGUGUGUGGCCGUUUCUUGACUGGUAUCAAGCCCCAGGAAUAUUACUUCCACGCCAUGGCUGGUCGUGAGGGUUUGAUUGAUACUGCCGUCAAGACUUCCAGAUCCGGUUAUCUGCAGCGUUGUUUGAUCAAGGGAAUGGAGGGCUUGAGGGCUGAGUAUGACACUUCGGUCCGUGAGGCUUCCGAUGGAUCCAUUGUCCAGUUCUUGUACGGUGAGGAUGGUUUGGAUAUCACGAAGCAGGUUCACCUCAAGAACUUCGACUUUUUGGCAUCCAAUUACCUCUCCAUCAUGUCGCAGGUCAACCUGACCAGCGACUUCCACGGUCUGGAGAAGGAAGAGGUCGUCAACUGGCACAAGGAUGCUGUCAAGAAGGUUCGCAAGACGGGCAAGGUCGAUGCUAUGGAUCCUGUCCUUUCUCUCUAUCACCCUGGAGGUAAUCUGGGCAGUAUUUCCGAAGCAUUCUCGCAAGCACUCAAGAAGUACGAGGAUGCCAACCCCGAUGGACUGCUCAGGGAUAAGAAGAAGAGCAUCGAGGGUGUUAUCACCAAGAAGUCAUUCAACACUCUGAUGAACAUGAAGUACAUGAAGUCGGUUGUGGACCCUGGUGAGGCCGUCGGUAUCGUGGCCGGUCAGUCUAUUGGUGAACCUUCCACUCAAAUGACUCUGAACACCUUCCACUUGGCUGGUCACUCCGCGAAGAACGUCACGCUGGGUAUUCCCCGUCUUCGUGAAAUUGUCAUGACAGCUAGUGCCCACAUCAUGACCCCUACCAUGACCCUGUAUCUGAACGAAGAGCUCUCUAAGGAGCACUCUGAAAGAUUCGCCAAGGCCAUCAGCAAGCUCAGCAUUGCAGAGGUUGUUGACAAGGUUCAGAUCAAGGAGAGAGUCUCUUCCGGCAGCAUGAAGGCCAAGAUCUACGACAUUGAGAUCGCGUUCUUCCCUCCUGAUGAGUACACCGCCGAGUAUGCUAUCACGACCAAGGAUGUGCAAAACGCUCUGCAGAACAAGUUCAUCCCGAGACUCGUGAAGCUUACCAAGGCCGAGCUCAAGAAGCGUAAUGACGAGAAGACGCUGAAGAAGUUCUCGACCGCUCAGCCUGAAAUUGGUGUCUCCGUCGGUACGGUCCAGGAUGCCCCGAGCGGCAGGGAUGCCGAAGAAGAGCCCAUGGAUGACGAUGUGGAAGACGAUGAGGACGACGCCAAGCGGGCCCGGGGCAACCAGAACCGCAACAACCAGGUCUCCUACGAAGGCCCGGAGGAUGAAGAGGAGAGCAUGGUGCGCCAGCAAGAUGCCAUGGACGAGGACGAGGAUGACGAGGGUGACAACACGCGCCAGAAGCGUGAUGUCGAGAUGGAUGAUGCCUCUGACUCCGACUCCGAGGAGCAAGGCAAGGACGCCAAGCUGCGUGAGGAGGACAUCAAGAACAAGUACGGCGAGGUCACUCAAUUCAAGUUCAAUCCCAAGAAGGGCGGAUCCUGCACCAUCCAGCUGCAGUACGACAUCGACACCCCCAAGCUUCUGCUCUUGCCUCUGGUCGAAGACGCUGCCCGCACUGCGGUCAUCCAGUCCAUCCCCGGUCUGGGCAACUGCACAUUCGUCGCGGCGGAUCCCGUCAAGGGCGAGCCCGCCUAUGUCAUCACGGAAGGUGUCAACCUGCUCGCCAUGCGCGACUACCAGGACAUCAUCAAGCCCCACUCCCUCUACACCAACUCGAUCCACCACAUGCUCACCCUCUAUGGCGUGGAGGCCGCGCGUGCCGCCAUCGUCAAGGAAAUGUCCGACGUCUUCGAGGGUCACAGCAUCUCCGUCGACAACCGCCAUCUGAACCUGAUCGGUGACGUGAUGACCCAGUCCGGUGGCUUCCGUCCCUUCAACCGCAACGGUCUGGUGAAGGACAGCUCCUCGCCCCUGGCCAAGAUGAGUUUCGAGACGACCGUCGGCUACCUCAAGGAGGCGGUGGUCGAGAGAGACUUCGACAACCUCAAGAGUCCCAGUGCCCGCAUCGUUGUCGGUCGUACCGGCAUCGUGGGUACGGGUGCGUUCGAUGUCCUUGCCCCCGUGGCAUAGACAACACCUCCUCGCCCCUCGCACUGUGUAUGCAUUUCUUCUCGUUGUAUAUGCUUGCCUAUCUGACUUUGCAUGUAACUCUACGCACUUCUUGUUUUUCACCCGUUUCGUCGUGUCUAUGACGUGUCCAACGAUUUCUGUGGAGUUGUCUUUCAGCGGAAUAAGAAAAAGUCCUUCUUAUUAGUUCCUUAAGAUAUAGCAUUCAAUAAAGAGUAUGAACCUUUU